AUGCCAAAAAUAUUCAAAUAUCUAAAAAAAAUUAUAAAAUCUAAAUUUCACAUAAAAUGCAAAUUUUCAGAGAUUAAGAAAAUAUACAAGGAUUUAGAAACAGGAAUAAAUACCCAAUACACAAAUUUUAUAAAUAACAUUUUAGCCUUAGAUGAUUCUAAUAUAUCAAAAUACAAAAAGCUUAAACAAUAUUGGAAUUAUAAAAUUAAUGAACACGAUAUAGAUUUUAUAAAUAAUACUUUAUCACUUGAAGAUAAAAAAAUGUUUUUAAGAAAUGAAUUUGUGACAAAUCAGAAAGUUUUAAUUAUUUACAAAAAAGAUUUCAAAUAUUUUUUUAAGCAUCAGAUAUACAAGACACCACUUUCCUCACUAACACCUAUUUUCAGAGAUUAUGUUAAUUUUAGUACCUUGUACAGUUACAAAAAUUUUAAUGUUUUAAAUUUUGAUAAUCAAUUUUUUUUACCGCAUGAACAAAGAUUAAUUACACAAAAUACUAAUAACGAUAGAGAAUAUAUUGAUUAUAAAGAUAUACCAGAUGAUUUUGACAUAUUUUUAACUACUAAUAAUUACGGUUCACUAAAUUUUGUGCAAAGGGCUGUGAGCUACACAGCAUUAUAUACUAAUGAUAAUUUUUUAAUUUGUGCACCAACAGGUGUUGGUAAAACAUUAAUUGCUAUAAUGACAAUUUUUAGACAGUUAAAAAAAUGUGGAAAUACAAAUUGUAGAAUAGCGUAUGUUGCACCUAUGAAAUCAUUGGCAAGUGAAAUUUUUACUGUACUGCAAAAAAAUUUCGAUACUCUUAAAAUAUAUGAAUGCACAUCUGACACGCAUUUAUCGAAAUUUGAUAUUCUUAAUUUUAAUAUUUUAGUAGGUACACCUGAAAAAAUAGAAAUUAUUAUGCGUAAUAAUUAUACUUUAAUUUUUAAUUUAGUUAUAUUUGAUGAGAUACAUAUUUUAAAUGAACCUAGAGGAUAUACUAUUGAAUCAUUAGUAAUGCGUAUAUCACAUAUUUUUAGUAAUAAAUGCCGAUUAGUAGGCAUGUCGGCAACAAUUUACAAUUACGAAGAUGUAGGUGCAUUCUUACAGUGCGCUUCUCACAAUAUUUUUUAUUUUAACGAGGAAUAUAGGCCUGUGCCUUUGUUGUAUGAGCUUAUUCAAAGUUACAACUUUAAAAUAGAUCUUCUUGAUUUAUUAAAAGAUAGUGUAGGACCUCAUCUAAUUUUUGUGCAUACGAAGCAGGAUACACUAGAGAUAGCAGAAUUUUUGAGUAAAUAUGAGACAAGAAAAAGAUCACUAAAAUGUUUUAUUGAAAAUUGUCAAAUAUGUCAAAUAAAUACAGAAAAAUUGGAUAAGUUUUUUGUUACGGGGAUUGGAGUACAUCACGCUGGAUUAUCUAAAGAAGUAAAGUAUAAAGUCGAACACUUGUACAAAUCGGGAAUAUUAGAUAUUUUAGUUAGUACUUCUACUUUAUCAUACGGAGUAAAUCUACCAAUUCGUACGGUUAUUGUAUUAGGCACUAAAUUUUACAAUAAAAAUAUAGGAGCUUAUGAAGUUUUAAGUAAUAUGGCCAUUAAACAGAUGUUAGGUCGUGCAGGAAGAAAUUUUUUAUCUCAAUCAGAAGUUUGUAAAGGCAUUGUUAUGUCAGAAACUUUUAUUGAUUCAUUUUUUUAUGAACAAACUAUAGAAAGUCAAUUAUUGCAUAAUCUUUCUAAUGUUCUUUUGUCUCAGAUUACACAUUUAAAAUCAUAUUCUGAAAUGUUUACUUGGUUUACUCGCUCAUAUUUUUUUAUUAGACUUCGUAAAUUAAAUCAGGAUUAUUAUAAAUAUUCAAUGGAUAUCUUGCAUACAUGCAUAAACGAUCUUACAGAUUGUAAAAUGUUAGAUAGAAAAAAUCAAAUAACUUUUAUUGGAAGAAUUAACUCAAAAUAUUUAGUAAAUUUUAGAGAUACGUACUACGUAUACAAAAAUAUUAAGAAUAUUAUGCUUGAUGGUUCACUUUUGGAUUUACUUAGUGCAUUUCAAGAAUUUAAGGAUGUAAAGAUUAAAGACUAUCUUGACUGUAAUAUUUUAAUACCCGCUAAAACAGAUAUUAAUAAACUGUAUCAAUUGUAUAUAUCAGACAAUAUAGAACAAUGUGAUAUUUUAGAUGACAAUUUGGCAAGAAUUUUUAAAUGCAUGUUAGAUAUUUCACUCUAUAAAAAAGUAUAUUCUAGUAGAUUAUUCUUAGAAUAUUACAAAUCUGCAAUAUUUAAAGAAUGUAUUUAUAAAAAUCCCACAACUUUAAAUCUUUCUGUUCAAUGCGACUUUUUUGGUAAAUUUAUUAGAUUAAAGAUACUUCCCAUUACAAAACAUCAAAAAUAUUAUAUAUUAAUUUACCACGAUGACAGGUUAUUGAUUACAGAUAUUCUUUAUAAUCAAAAUAUUAAAUAUUAUAAGAUUCCUAAACACGCAUUUUAUGAAAUAAAUAUAAUAAAUGCAGAAGUUAUAAAUUCUUCAUUUAAAAAAACAUUUAAAAGAACAGAAAGUAGUUUAAAUUAUCGGGUAAUUAAAUUAAAAAAUAGAAUAAAACCACGAUUUUUGGAAUUCUAUGAUCAAAUUAAUUAUAUAAUGAGUCUUAUAGAUCCAAUGUCUUAUAUUUUAAUCCCAGAUGAAAAUAUCGCUAAAUUUUUUAUAUCUAAAUAUAAAAAUAUAAAUAAUUUUGAUGAGAAUGUAAAGAAAGUACAUGUUAUUGAUAUAUUAGGUAAUAUAAAAGAUUUUAAAAAAUAUAAAAAGUACAAAAAUGUGUAUUUUUACACGAAUUAUUUGUACAUUAAAGUACAAGAAGAUGAUGGAUUUUAUCUUUCAUCAUCUUCUCUUUACUAUAUAGAUUUAAAUAUAAAGAACAACAUGAAUAUUAAAUCUUUAAUACAUUUAGUAUUUAGUCUACCAGAAAUGUUUACAGAAAUCGUAGAUCAAAAAUAUAAAAAAUUUAAUGGAAAUGAAUACGGAAUGAAUUGUGUACUUUUUUAUAUGAGUCUUUAUGGUUCAGAAGAUUUUGAUAGUGCAAAUGUAAAAUACUGCCUUAAAAUAAUUUUAGAAAAAGCGAGUAAUAGAGGAUUCAUAAAAACAAUGUUAAACAUUGUUUUUUUACUACAAAAAAUUAAUAAAUCAGAUUCUAGAACUUUUAAUAUUAAGAAAAAUAAUAAUUUUGUAGAUAUAAAUUCUAGUCUAGAAAGUAAUUUUUACAUUUUUAACAAUCAGGGAGAGUAUAAAUAUUUAGAAAAUGUUAAAGAAAAAAUUGAAAUAGAGUUAUUUAACGGGACAAAUUAUAUUUUAAGUGAUAGAUCUACAGGAUAUGAUAUUAUAAAUUAA